AUGCUUUUGCAAUCAUUCUUGUUUUUGAGUAAUCUAAGUUUGAUAAAUCAUUUCUUUUAUAUACAGUCGUGGCCAGAAAUAUCUAAGUUCCAGAAUAAGCCUUUUCCCCUCUAUGAUAAGCCUGGUGAUCUCUAUGAUGGACACAUAGAAGAAGGUAACUUCAAUUUCACAUCAACUGAAGCUACACAAGUGAGUGAUGGUGAUCAUGAAGUGGAAAGAGAGGAUAAUGCCUUCUCUUUUGACCUGAAUCAAUAUGGUGAUGAUUUACACAUGUAUGAUGAUCCUAGAGAUGUCGCCCCAAGUGAUGGUCCAAGAGAUGCUGCCCCAAGUGAUGGUCCAAGAGAUGCUGCCCCAAGUGAUGCUACUCAAGUAGGUGCUCCUAGUAGUUCAAAUAAUAAGCUAGUGAAGGAGACUAAGAAGAAGAAACGUGAUGAUCCAAUGGUGGAAGUGAUGGCACAAUAUGUGGAGAUCAAGCAGAAGCAAGCAGAGCAGGAGUCUGCUCUGUUGGCCGGGUCAAAAAAUGCCCAAGAAUUCUCUCUCAAUUCUGCUGCAGAAGAUGAAGAGAGUGAUGUCGUGUUUCUUCGGAGCGAAAUGGCAGAGUUGCCUCAACGUAUCUAAGGUAAGCUACUUAUGACUCUAGGACAGUAAAUUGUUUGUUGUUCCAGAUCAGUAAUCCUCUUACGACUCUAGGUCCUUCAAAAUUUGAAAGAUGGCCGCUAUACCCUUAUUCAAUCUUUUAGAAAAUGUAUGAUACAUGUUUCUUCCACAGCCCAUUCCUUUCUAGUUGAACUGUUGUUUAAGAAAUAUUCAUGGGACUGCCCAGUGAAUGUUGAACGUUACUUGCGUGUCACAUCAGAUUCUUCUUGCUUUUGUGUU